AUGUCAGGCCAAGUGGAACCCAGGAGACCAAGUGGGUUACAGAACCAGGUUAAAUCGGAAUGCGAUAAAUCGGAAUGGAACAGAGUUACAUUAAAAUCGGAACAAAUGGAGCCGAUGGAAUCGGGAGACCAGUGGGCCGACAAAUCAGGUCAGAGUGGACCACGAUUAGUGGAAUCGGGUGGUGCGAUGAACACGUGGUCAGAUGGGGGAGGAGGCGGAGGGUGUGGGGGCGGGACGAGGGAGGUUCAUAAGAAUGGCUGGCUCAAGAGGAUGCCCAGCCAGGAACGACGCCUGUCAGUCAUGUCUCCAUUCACCAAGCCAGCCAAGGCAGAGAAAGUAUGGGUGUCCUUCUGUGUACACGACGAGGUGGAAGGUUGGCUUGAGUUUUACGAGAACAGACGCUCAGCAUUCAGUCAUAACCCCAUCCAUCGCACGUCUCUCGCUCGCUGCCUCCACGUCUCUCCCUCUAUCCGCGUCCACGAGGAUAAUGAACACGUCUUCGCCAUUACCUUGGAGGGCGAAGUCAUCAAACUGGGCGCCCAAAACAGGGAGCAGAUGCUGGAGUGGAUAGACUCCCUGCGGUGCCGCCUGCGGGAACUGGGAGUGUUGACGCCCAAGGACAACCUCUACAGCAGGGAGCCGGAGGCAUCCCCUCCUCAGGAACCCCAACUCCCCCUUCCCCCACCCCCACCUUCCAAUGAUGUGUCCAGCCUACACUCGAUGCGCCUCGGGUUAAGUCCUGCCCCCAGCAUGACGCUCUCCACCGCCUCAGGACUCUCGGCUAUGUCCACCCUGUCGUCCAUGCAGAGCCUUAACUCAGUCUCUUCUGGCUCCUCCGACCCCAACACCUCCCCUUCCUCCGUUGUCACCUACGUCAGGCAUCACCACGACCCCCCACUCAAUAGGAGGUCGUCGUUUAGGGCGUCACUACCCAGCUCCCCCACCACGCCCUCUACUGGGACGGGCUCCCUCACCUUCCUCAGGUCCCCUCCAGGUCCGCAGAUGCCACCAGCGCGGGAACACGUGACGGUCAUCAAUGUGCCCUCACCAUCAUCUUCCGUGUUCAACUUCGAGAGUGUGGGAGCAGUACUGGAGUCUAGCGGCGGCAUGGCCAACUCUGAGCUGUACGGCGCCGUCUACCCCACCGACCCUUCCCUCACUGACUCCAGCGACGCCCUAGACUGUAGUGACGCCUCCUACUCCAUCAUCAACGACCCCAACGCCGUCCAGCUACGCAUAGGUAAUUCUCUGGGUGCUGGAGGGCCCAGUGCCACUGGCGGAGGGAGGCCGCCUCUACCCCCAGGUCAACGCGCAAGUGGCUACAGCAGCGGCGGGGCGUCUGGGGGUGCGACAGGGUAUGCUGGAGCGACGGGGGCCAGCGGAGGCAGCGUGGGUGCCAGCAGCGUCGCCGGCGGCAGCUGGUCCAAUGUCAACGCCGAUGAGAGUUCCUACGAGCCCUUAUUCCUAGCGAGCAGUGCGGGCCUGGCGCCGCCCCCAACACCCACGGCGCCCCCCGUCCCUCAGGCCCCCCAGACUGGCCUCCUCCGGCGCCGCUCUGAACAUCGACGCUCCGGGCGACGUGAACAUGGCCGUAGAGCCGCCUCAGUCGGCCCGACCAUCACUCCUAAACAACAACAGCAGUACCAAGUGGGGCAGGACGGUAGACUCAUGAGCCUGAGAGAACAACAAGUUAUCAGACUACAGAGAGAGAUAGCCCACCAGGCUGGCGUCAGACUCACACUACGCAAGAAGGACUGUCUCAACUCGGUCGCCUUUGUUAACAUUUUCAAUCACGUGUAUGUGGCAGGCUGGAAGCAGAGAGAACACCCCUAUCUACACAACACAUUCCACAUUGGUGACCGCCUGGUGAGCGUGUGUGGCGUUCACAUCACCACCGCCGCCGAGGUCAACAAUAUCAUCAAGAACGAAUCUACGCCCAUGGUGGAGUUCAUCAUCAGAAGGGUGCCACACGGGAAGGUGUUUGCCCUGAAGAGAGAAACAGAGGGCCAACCACUGGGGGUCAUUCGUGAGGGUAACACUGCUGAGAUUAAAGAGAUUGUUGUUGGAGGUCUGGCAGCCAUGCAUGGGGUGCCACCUAAGGCUCAAACUGUCGACUCCUUGUCUCUAUGUUCCUGGGUGUUAACCGAGAUCAACCACCGACCACUUAACCUCUUCUUUAAGCACAUGGAAAUUGCUGACCGUCUGAACGCCGUUGGACGAGACAUCUCCAUCCUCAUCCAGCCCAUGGACCUAGUCAAAGCUCUCAAAAAGGGCCUCAAGGCUCUCAAAGGCUAUAAAGACUAUAUUGUGAUGUGAAUGUUCCACUCAGUCUCACAGUGAACUUAACUCAGUCUUAUGAUGAACUUUAACUGAGUCUUAUGGUGAACUUUAACUGAGUCUUAUGGUGAACUUUAACUGAGUCUUAUGGUGAACUUUAACUGAGUCUUAUGGUGAACUUUAACUGAGUCUUAUGGUGAACUUUAACUGAAUCUUAUGGUGAACUUUAACUGAAUCUUAUGGUGAACUUUAACUAAGUCUUAUGGUGAACUGAACUGCAUCUAUGUGAAACUUAUAGACUUUUUUGUAGAACUAAAGUGAGUCUCCCUUUGGAACUAACUGAACUUUUUAUGGAACUAAUUGAGUCUAUUAAGAAGUUAACUGAACCUUAUCAACAACUUGACUAACUGUGGAAUUAAAACUGAAAAUAAUAUGGAACUUGAGUCUUAUAUAGAACUUGCCAUCAGAACCAUGUUAACAGUGAGAUGUUCGUAACACCUGUUGAACCCUUACACAAAAAUGACUUGUUCUUACCCUGAGUGCUCUACAGGUGGGGUAGGAAGAAUACCCCUCUCCCCCCCUACAGGAAAAUACAUGACGGACACCAUACCUCUCGUUUCAUCUUGAUGGUUGACCUGUGAUUAUCCUGUUGUCACCAUUAGUAAAUACUGUACAGGUUACUGGACUGAGAUUUGCCUGUAAAGUACGAGAGAGAGAGAGAAAGAGAGAGAGAGAGCACCAUUUAGAAGGCUCGGGUGACUUAUAUCCAGGUGUACCGUAAGUAGAGAAAAGGGGACCAGCUACGUCUCCCUCUAGCUUACGGUCUUUUCCUCCGUCCCAUGACUUCAAAUGUCAGUGAACUUGAAUAUGUGAUUCUCUGUGCCAUUGGAAAUAAAACGACCGUAUUCAGAAAGACAGAAACAGUCCUCGAAUAUUGUCGUUUACCAAUUCUAGGAAACAAAACGGAUUUUUUUUAAGUGAAUUAAUUAAGAUUAGGAUUUAUUGUAAUUAUGUACUUGUUAUGGUUACUUGUUACGAACUUUUAUCAGUACUUUGUUGUAGAUUUCUUUGUUGUGCUGAGUAAUUAGUUUAAGUCAUGUGUUAGAUCUUGCUUAUUUGGGUAAUGAAAAAUCUCGCACGUGCUGUGAUCAAGGCCUGACUCUGCUGUGUGGUAAAUGUCACUUAUACUCUGUGUUAAAUCUUGCAUCUAUUUUUAUAAAAGAUCUUACCUAUAAUCUGUGCAAUAUCUUACAAGCAAAGUGUUGAAGACCUUACAGUACUCAUUUCAAGAUAUUACCCCUGAAGUGAAAAAAUGAACACUUCCUGAUAAUUCUCAAUGUCAUAUACGGUAACAAUUAUUUCACUUAACUCUUCGACAUAUAGAAAAGCUAAAUACGUUAUAAAGCCCAUUAACGUCAGUGUUUGUUGAGGACACCGCCAACAUGUAGUUAGUGAUAAUGAGUUAAAACAUUCCAUUUCCCAUCUUACCCUAACCUAACCUAACCCAACCUAACCUAGCCCAACUUAAUUCAACACACAUACUGAGAAUGUAAUCAUUUAUGUAGAUGAUAAAUUGGUGGCCCAGAAUCCUUCCUCCUACACAGAUACACCAUAUACAACUACUGUAUUGCUUUGUAUUACAUUUCCACUCGCCCAUCUCUAUCUAUCUACAGUAUAUGUAUCUUAUCUAUUUAUCAAUCUCACUAUGUUGGUACUGUACUGUAUCUAUCUACCCCAUUAUAUAUCUGUGACUAUGUAUCUAUCUGUCUAUAUUUGUGUCUAUGUAUCAACUGUAUCUGUCUAUCUAACUAUCCAUCUAUCUAUCUAUGAAGUAAAUGUGUCUCUCUAUCUGCUAACUUUCAUCAUCCAUCAUGUAUUGUAUGUACUUUAUUUCACAAAACACAAGAAAAUAACACCUUCCCACUUUAUGUUCCCAGGAACUCAACUUCCCCAAAAUACAAUGAAACUAACAUUACUUUGGUCAUAUACAGUACUAUUAGAUAAACUAACACAGAUACUUAAUUCUUAAUGUAGAACACACACUUAGAGACCUGAGCUGAUGAAGCACAGUAAUGCAUUAUAACCUCAACAUCAAGAUACAGUACAUUAUAAUCUUGUUGAUUGGCUGCCUGACCUUAAUGUGCUAAUACCUAAUGGAACUACGUCAUAAAGCAACAAACACUGAAUGGCUAAUGAGCUGAUAAAUAAAAUAAAAAUAUGAGUGAAAACUUGUUUGAGAUAUAACGGACAAAUAAAUAAAAUUCUGAAACUAAAAAAAAAAAGUGGUUGCUGGAGCUAACUGUGCAGAUAAAGUGUACACGACAAAUAUAUGUUGAGACAACUUUUCCCUUAUCGUGGUGUUGAGUGAACCAGCAGAUGGUAAAGAGGCUAAAUGUUCUUUCAUAAGCUAGGAUUUUUUUUUUUUUUAGAUAAUAAGAGAAUUUUAACCCACCAUAGUGAUAAAGGUUCUGUAUAUAGAGGCUAAGUAAGACACACUACUGAGGAAUACUGUAUUGUACUUUGGUCCUGGUUCCCCAAAUGUGACUGUCCACUAAUCGCCACACAAGAGGACCCCAGCGGUCACUUUCUGGCAGUACAGUAUAGUACAUAUGAUGAGUAGAAGCAUAAGUUAAGUGUGUCAACUGAAGAGAAGGAAUGAGUGUUAAAUGUGAUGACAAGAAGAAUGUGUGUUAUAGUUAGCACAGGUGUUAAAAAGUGUGAAGAAGGAACAUUUGUUACAGAAGGCACAAAUGUUAAGUGUGAACUGAGAGGGCACAGGUGUUAAGUGUGAAGACAAAUAGAAACAUGUGUUUGAAGGAAUAAGUGUAAAGAAAACAGGAACAAGUGUUAAGUGUGAACACAAAAAGGAACAGGUGAGAAGUGUGAACACUGAGGGAACAAGUGUUUAGUGUGUACACAAAAGGAACGAUUAAGUGUGAAGACUUCCAAGUCGAAUAAAAUAAUACUAGAUUUUAUAAAACCAAUUAGGCAGAGUUUAUUGUACAAGACAUUCUAACACUAGUAUGAAUGAGGAGUUAACUCAUAACCAAAUUUCAUGUAUAAACCUGACCUCUUGACCUCUCAGGGGUCCGGGAGGCAGGUGGAGGGUGGUUAACAGUCACUAAUCAAAGAAAUUUUGGAUUUUUCAAAUGAUCUUCUAAUUUCAUUUUCUGUUGAUAUGGGUAAGACGUCCACUACGGAGGCAAAAGGCAACUAUACUACUGUAUGUUACCUUAUAAACAUCAUCAUUUCAAGAACCAGAUAAAAAAUAGUUGCAAACUAUCAAGGUCAACACACCCUGGCCCUGUACUGAGUAGCUUUCGGAAUCAAUUCCUUUUUUUUUUUUUCAAAUACAGGGGGUA